UAAGGAAAAGAUACGCGGAAGAUAGAACUGAUAAGGGGCCACCGACAGCUCUCACUCUAUCAGCUUCGCGAGGAGUUCCAAUGGCGACGCCUGUGAAAGUGUACGGGCCACCCAUGUCGACCGCUGUGGCGAGGGUUUUAGCUUGUCUUCUCGAGAAGGAAGUCCAGUUUCAGCUCAUAAACGUCAACAUGGCUAAAGGAGAACACAAGAAGCCCGAUUAUCUCAAGAUUCAGCCGUUCGGCCAAGUCCCAGCUUUCCAGGACGAAGAUAUCUCCCUCUUUGAGUCGAGGGCGAUUUGUCGUUACAUUUCGGAAAAGUACUCGAAGCAGGGGAAUAAGGGUUUGUUUGGGACGAAUCCGCUGGAGAAGGCAUCGAUUGAUCAGUGGCUAGAGGCUGAAGGACAGAGCUUUCACCCAUCGAGCGGUGCUCUGGUGUUCCAACUUGCGUUUGCACCGCGAAUGAAAAUCAAGCAAGACGAGAACAUGAUCAAGCAGAACGAGGCGAAGCUCUCGAAGGUGCUUGAUGUGUACGAGCAGAGGCUCGGGGAUAGUCGUUUCUUGGCCGGUGAUGAGUUCACGCUUGCCGAUCUUUCUCACCUACCCAAUACGCAGUACUUGGUGAAUACUGAAAAGGGCCAGUUGUUUACGGAGAGGAAGAAUGUGGGGAGAUGGUGGGAUGAGAUCUCCGGUAGAGACUCAUGGAAGAAGGUGGUUGAUAUGCAGAAUUCGCCGCCUGCUUGAAAUGGUGGAUAGAAUGGUUUCGUUGUCUGUUAUCAUUUGGGUUUUUUUUAAACUUCUCCUUACCUUCGAAUUUGACGCUUUCAGUUUCAGUGGUCAUCUUUUUGGAACUUAGGAGUAGUGAUAAAGUGAUUCAAGCCAACUGUUCGUUGAAAGUCCUAAUUAAAGAAUUACUGUACACGUUACUACAUUGCAUGGC